AUGGACGAUAUUCACGCGCCGACAGUCUCCUCGGGCCCAACUUCGUCGGGCUACUCCAAUGGCAUUCCCAAGGAGCAGUUGUCGCUGCAGGAGCUCAUGGCCGAGAAAGACCGAGUAGAGGCAGAGCUCAAGGCCCUAGGCCAGGUGCUGGAUUCGCACGGCGUCCACAUGAACACUGGCCUGACUACCUUUGACGGCUUCCCGCGCAGUGACAUUGAUGUCGCUCAAAUACGGACAACGCGGGCGCGCAUCAUACGGCUGAAGAACGACUACAAGGACCUCAUGUCGCGCAUCGAAAAGGGCCUCCACGAGCACCACGCGCGCCUGGCAGAGCAAGCCAACAACCCCGCGGCCGGCCAAACACAGGAUGCAGGGCUCGGUGCACCGCCUGCGGCUCUCGAGGCGCCCUUUGCAAAAGUCAACAGCGUCGUAGCAGGGAGCCCGGCCGAGACAGCUGGACUUAAGAUGGGCGAUACCAUUACAAAGUUUGGAUGGGUGGACUGGACAAACCACGAGAGGCUGUCGCGCGUGGCAGAGGCCGUGUCACAGAACGAGGGGAUCCCCAUCACGGUCAAGGCGCUGCGACCCAACGCAUCGGGCGGACCAGCAGAGAGUGUGCAGAUGCAGCUCACACCACGGCGGAACUGGGGCGGGCGAGGGCUUUUGGGCUGCCACUUGCUGCCCAUGUAG